CAGUUCUUAUCUAUGUCAUUAGACGAACGCAAGUGUUUUUGUUCCAUUUGUUUACACCCAUCAUUGCUUGUGAUAUUAAAUAUUGGUUCCUAUACAAAUGUGUGAUCGGAGAACAAAUACCAACUUUUGUGAAUUUCAAAUCAGAACAAAACUGUACUUGAGGUGCGCGCGCCAGUGACGUCACGAUGCGGGGCUGGUACCUCUUCCUGGCUCUUGGCCUCCUGGAUGUUAUUGCCGCUCAGGGUCCCGAAAAGCGAAGGACCGGAAAUGUCUGUAACUCUGAUGUCGAGUGUCCAGACAAUGCUUUUUGUAAACAGAGCAGCUACUGUGUGUGCAAAGAUGGCUUCGUCUACGCAGCGGUGAAUAGCACGCACAAGGGCUGCUUGAAGGAGGCUCGAAACGGAGAAGAAUGCGUCCAGCACAUUCAGUGCCACUCCACUAUGGGAGUCCAUUCUGAAUGUACCAAUGGCAUCUGCUCGUGCGCAACAAACUCCCAUCUCGAGACAGACCGCUGCUAUGAAACCGCUGUGAUUGGUGAGCGUUGUGUCGUAGACCAGAACUGUUUUUUGGGUGAGCAAGGACCGGAUCGCCAGGCCUUCUGUGUCCGCGGGUAUUGUACCUGUCAGCUGCAAUUCAGCCCUAGGGAUAAUGGAACCAGAUGCGUCCGAGAUGCCCUAUUGGGAGAGACAUGUGAAGACAAUUUACAAUGCGCAGGCCCCGGAUUGGAGUGUCGCGGAACUUGUCGCUGUAGAGAUAACUGGGUAGCCCAUACAGAGAUCAACGCGUGUGUUGAAUCUGCGAAAAUGCUUAACGAUCCUUGCCAAUACGACGUGCAAUGCGACGCCCUAUCAGGGGUGGCGGAAGCCAAGUCUGUUGGGGCGGCUUUGUGUCUGGGCGGUGUCUGCUCGUGUGGUUACAACGCACGACCAGUUGGCAAUCCUGCCCACUGCUGGCACAGAAGACGCCCCGGUCAGGAAUGCAUCCGAGACGAGGAAUGUGUGUCUGAAGAAGAUGAGCCAGGAUAUUGCCUCGCAGGCCGUUGCACCUGCAAGACCUGUUCUCCAGACGCCAGGGACUUUGGUGGCGCAAGCAAUCUCUCAGCCCCGCCCAUUUACGUAGCGGCCAUCUUAUCCCUCGCCGCCAUCUUACGACACUAGCUGUCACUGUCAAAAUAUGAAAUUUACACUAACAUUUCGAAUAACCUUUGGGGUUACCAAACACUAGUGUGGAGAUUAUAAUUAAAAAUUUUAUUGUUAUUUUGUGCAAACAUGUGCAAAGUUAGUUAGAUUUGUUAAAUAAAUGUUGGUAGUUUCAAAGUUUAUUGUAAGUUGUAAAUAAUAUCGUUGAUUGUUAAUUAAUGUAAGUGUAGAUCUAAACAGUUCUUCCAUUGAGGCAGUAUUUUUCGAGUGCAAUUUCCCUUAAAACUGAGUAAUCCUGGGUAGUUUUAUACCAAAGAAAUGUACACAAAAUAAUCGAGUGUGUAAAUAAAAUAUUUAUUUUAA